AUGGUCCAUAUCCAGUGGUGUGUCGAGGCCCAGAAGAGAGGCGGCCGCGGCAUUUGCAAUCCUUGUGACUCCAACGUCGCAAGGAAGCUCGACAAAGCGCGGCCACAACUGCCCUGCACAUCGCAACAACUAAGUCAGGAUCUUAUUUGGAUUGUCACUGUGUCAGAAAAAUGGUGGAGAAAGAUCUGGAUGCUUGACCGUGAUGAAGGGACUAUGAUUCGGGACGAGGACAGCGAGUGGGUCAUGUGA